UGCGGACACAGUUCAUUAGCUCGUGUCUGAUGUGCGUCGCAGUUUAAUGCUCUGUGGUUUAGCUGUUGCGUUUCAAUUUGAAAACAUAUUUUUGCUGCAAGCAUGAGUGCUGGAGGAGGGACCCCUUACAUUGGCAGUAAAAUAAGUUUGAUAUCCAAGGCGCAGAUUCGGUAUGAGGGAAUAUUGUCGUCUGUCGACACGGAUCGGUCCACGGUUUCGUUAGCCAAAGUUAAAUCCUAUGGGACAGAGGAUCGGCAUGCAGAUAGACCAGUGCCACCCAAAGAUGAAAUUUAUGAAUACAUAAUCUUCAGAGGAAGUGACAUCAAAGAUAUUACUGUGUCCGAGCCACCCAAACCUCACCAUGGACUGCCUCGUGACCCUGCUAUUGUACAGUCAUCCAUGGGAAGCUGUUCUGCUGCCUAUUACCCACGCUGGAGCUCAUACAGAGACAUUAUGCCCACCUACAACCAGCUGGCUGCUACUUCUCUACUCAACCAGCAGUACAAUGCAGCAUUGGGCCUAGUGCCAGGACUUCCCGGUAUCCCAGUCAGAAGAGCUCCCAUGGUCGAGCAGGCUGUCCAGACCGUGCCCUUGGCUGGGGCUGCCCAGAAAAAGGAGAAGACUGCAACCCAGCCACAGGGCAGACAGCCUGUUCGUCCAAGCCAGCGCUCUAGCCAGGUUCAGAAGGAGAAUUUACCCGCCAGUCGGGAACCAUCUCAGCCAAGUGCACCCAAGGUUCAAGGCGAAGGCACAGAGAACCAGAAACAAAGGCAAAAACAAGGCAGCCGCAGGUCCAGGAACCGAAGCAGAGGCCAACUUCUGGUGACAAACUCGAAGGCCACGACCUUGCAGUUUGAGUCAGAUUUUGAUUUUGAAACUGCAAAUGCUCAGUUUAAAGAUGAUCUCACAAAGGAGGUUGUUGUUGAAAAGGUGGAUUAUGGGGAGGCCCAGAAUAGCCAGGUUGUACAGGAGGAGGACACUCUUGGAGAGAAGUACUACGACAAAGCCAAAUGCUUCUUUGACAACAUUUCUUCAGACCUUAAGCCCAGGAGAACCACCUGGGCUGAGGAGAAAAAAAUGAACAUGGAAACAUUUGGAGUGCCCGGCCGAUUACUGAGAGGCAGAGGAUUCAGAGGACGCAGAGGGCAGAGCACCACUGAGCAGCGACCCCUCCCAAAAAUUGGUAGUGGGAGGGUGUGAAGGAUUUUCCUUUUUUGCUCGACUUUUUGUUAACAUUUUCUGUAAAUAUUGUAGUUUUCUACUUAUUUAAAAAGUACCUCCCGUUUUUCCCCAAUUCAAAGCUAAGAUUAUUGUUUUUGUCCAUCCCAAAUUUGCAUUCAGGGAAUUUUGUACUAUGAAGCUUUAUUAUGACAUGGGAGCAAUUUAUUUUAAUCAAGCAGCUGCAUGCUAGAAGCAAAUGUAUUAUUUGGCAGUUGGUCUGGUAAAAUGCAAUGUAGAAUUUGUCUUUUGAAAAGGCCACCAGGUAAAUCAUUUAGUUUUUAUUUUUGCCACAUUUAUUGAAUUCUGACCAAAUGUAACUCCAAAUUGCUUUUGGAGGACAGCUGUACUUUAUUUUUUCCCUACUUGUACAAUGAAAACUGUGGAGGACUUUGUAACAGUUGCUAUUAAAUAACAUAUGAUUAACA